CUUUUUCCCAAUUCUCGCAUGAUGAUGAUUUUGCUAUUGCACAGCUGCAAUUAAUAGAUGUGAAACGCUUGCCUAAUCAAUUCUAGCGCAUGUUAAUUAUGUCAGCACGGAUCCCUGUCCUCUCCUUCUGAGUUUCUAUCGCGAACGACGCGCCGGACGGACUCUGCAACCUCAGCUAUCGCAUCCCCCUCAUCUCCACACUCAUUACAAUUACGCAUUUCUCAAUCAGUCUCUUUUACUCUAGACUGAAUCUCGCCACGUAACAGCGACGCGCGCGCACCCGCUACCGGCGCUACAUCCUAAUUCUCCACACCUAGUCUUGACCACUCGCGACAGCAUGGCGGACGACGCGAAAGCACCCGCAAACGAUCCCACCACCUCUACGGCAGGUACAGAAGGAGCCACUGGUGCAGGCGAUCAAGAUGCAGCAAUGACCGACAGCACUCCUAUCAAGCAGGGCUCUCGAGAACCAUCUACAAACACGCCUGUAGCAGUUUCGGAUAAUCCAAUUGAUGCACCCGAUGCACCUCGUCCCGAGGCUGAAGACGCUGAUGGUCAAGCCGACGAGGAAAUGACUGGCGUAGAUGAUAACAAGAAAGAGAAGGAAAAAGAGAAGGACAAGGACAAGGAAGGAGGAGGCGAAGCUGUCGAUGCUGAUGCGCAAGCAAAAGCUGCUCUGGAGUCAUCAGCGCGAUCACACUUCGUAGAACAGACAUACGCGACGAUCAUCCCAAGUUACGCGCAAUGGUUCGAUAUGCGCUACAUUGAUUACCGCGAGCGAAAAGCUCUUCCCGAGUUCUUCAACGAGCGCAACCGCAGCAAGACGCCUGCCGUGUACCGCGAUUACCGAGACUUCAUGAUUAACACCUACCGCCUGAAUCCUGAUGAGUAUCUCACAGUUACCGCUUGCCGGCGCAACUUGGCUGGAGACGUGUGCGCUAUCAUGCGUGUGCACGCUUUCCUUGAGCAAUGGGGAUUGAUUAAUUACCAGGUUGACCCACAGGAGCGACCAUCCAAUAUCGGGCCACCAAACACUAGCCACUACAGGAUAAUAGCAGAUACCCCACGCGGUCUGCAGUUGUUCCAGCCAGGCCCUGGCUCCCAAACAACGCCCGGAAAGCCCCAUGCAGGCACCGAGCGUGCCGCAAGCCAACAGCCAAAGUCGGAAACGAAGACGUUGGUCGGUCGAAAUAUCUACGAGCCUAACGGCAAGGAGGCAUCCGCAGAGCCCAAGGAUAAGCCUGCGAGCAGCGAGGGCGCUUCCAACGGAGCAACUGCCUCAGCAGAUGUCAAGGAUCUCGAAGCCGCCCAGAAAGAACCAUCCAACGUUGUCCACUGCAACAGCUGUGGUGUAGACUGCACGCGCGUUCACUACCACAAUGUCAAGACCACCAAUGGCGCAGAGGCAAAAGCCAAUGGAACUGUCUUCCGUGACGUUUGUCCUAGAUGCUUCUUGGAUUCCCACAUUCCAAGCUCACAGAAGAAGAGUGACUUCGUGAAGCAGGAAAACCCCGCGUACGAGGACUCACCAACUGAAGAUAAAUGGACGGAUGAUGAAGUUCUCCUCCUUCUUGAGGGCUUGGAGGAGUUUGAUGACGACUGGAACAAGGUUGCCGACCAUGUCGUGUCGAAGACCCGGGAACAGUGUGUGAUGAAGUUCCUUCAGCUAGAGAUUGAAGACAAAUACCUCGAAGCGGACACAACGCAAGCAGAGGCAGCAAACCCAGCCUACAAAUUCCUUAAAGAUCUCCAAUAUCUCAGCGAGGGACGAACACCGAUUUUCAACGCCGACAACCCUAUCUUGAGCGUUGUAAGCUUCAUGGCUUCCUUGUCUCCGGCCAACGUUACCGAAGCGGCUGUCGCAUCGGGACGUAGUGUUGGUGAAAUGAAACGCAUCUUGCAAGAGAAGAUCGAGAAGGCACCAACGGCGCCAGCACCGGAGAAGGGCAAGGAGAAGGAGAAGACUCCCGCAGCGGAAACCUCUGAGGUUAAGAACGAGGAUGCUAUGGAUGUCGAUGCCGCACAAGAGGGAGCUGCCACUGCGACCGAAAGCAGCAAUCCUCUCGUCACCCUACCAUUUGCUCUCUCGGCUGCACGCUCAUCAGCACUCGCAUCACACGAGGAGCGACACAUCACUCGUCUUGUCUCUGGUGCAGUCAAUUUGGAGCUUCAAAAACUCCAGAUGAAGCUAAAUCACUUCAACGACUUUGAGAAGUUGCUCUCCGCUGAACGACGUGACCUUCAGCGAAGACGUCAGCAGCUAUUCAUGGAUCGACUUGCCUUCCAAAGACGUGUGCGCGGGCUUGAACAGGCAACAAACAAGAUUAAGAGCAACCUCGGCGGAGCUGGUCUACCUGGAUCUGUAACUCCCGAAGAAGCGAUUAGCGGAUUGACGGAGGCCAUAAGCAAAUUUGGUGUUGGAAAGGGUGAAGAUGGCAUGGGAACGAAACGAUCAAGCAUCGACGAAGGCAUUCAGCCGAUCGGCGAGGGGGGUGACGGCUUUGCUAGAUUAGAGGUUUGAGCAGAUGUAUGUUUUACGAUGCGACCCGACUCAACUGACAAGGUCGCGGAGGUUUAGGGUUUGACAAUUGGGUGUUCAGGCGUGCAGAUAUCUGCGGCCCAUAGAGGCCCGUUUCUUUGAAAUGUUCUUUACUUCACGUGCAAGCGGACUACGAAAUGUCCAUCGUCUCCAUCAUUGUCGGUACUGCAAGUCGAAUAGGUUUUAUAUGUACAGUAGCAAUAAUUUCACGGCAACAGUACUAGCUAAUGCUUGUUCUACAUUUCUCUACUAGAGUAGUAGAGUAGUCGUGAUUGUUCAGGAAUGCGUUUGUCUAUGGUCAAUAUAUUCUAU